AUGACUUCGAUUCAAAUGUCAGAGCUUCUCAAGCCUUGGACUCCCAGUCUGAUACCCACACUAACUGCAACAACUUCCAUAAAUACUGACCAUUAUUCAGAUUUGGUAAAGACAUUAACUUCUGCUACAGAGAGAGUGGCAACUGAAACUGUUAAAGGGAACCUAUUUGACCUCUCCCAGAUAAUAAGAGGUGCAGAAGCCUCUUUGACAGUCUUAAGUGCCGAACGUGUUAUGGCGACUGCUACUGCAUCUUCGGAGUUAUCGUUAGCUUCCCAGGCAAUCUUCAAUGCUACGGUAAAUUUAAAGUCUCUUGAUUGGGAAAUGAACUUAUAUUCAAUGAAUAUCAAUAGAGCUGGUAAUCUUAUUCUUUUCAUUGCUUUUGCAUUAUUAUUUCUUGCGCACAUUGGUUUUUCUGGUUGGUCUAGAAAUAUCUAUAUGGGUGUCUGCUUAGGUUGUGGCUGUGGUCUUGAAUUAGCAGGGUAUAUAGCCAGAGCUUUGGCUUAUAAUGAUACUGCUAAUGUAGAUAAAUAUCUUUGUCAAAUUAUAUGUCUAACAUUAGCACCUGUUUUUAUUGCAGCUGGUAUCUACUUUUACCUUGGGCAGAUAAUCGUCUUUCACGGAAGGCAAUACUCAAUACUAAAGCCAACUUGGUAUACAUAUAUAUUUGUUUUCUGUGAUAUUGUGAGUUUGGUUAUUCAAGCAGUUGGUGGAGGUAUGGCAGCUACUGCCUUAAAGGAACAUAACUCGCUGGAUCCUGGUAGUCAUACUAUGUUAGGUGGGGUCGUAUUUCAAGUGUUUACUAUGAGUGUUUUCUUGAUUCUAUUGUUUGACUUUAUUAACAGGACAUUCUUCAAGGCAAAUCCAGAAAUCAAGUUCUCUGUCAAAAAAUUCUUUCAAAUCCUUCUCAAUACGCCAGAAGGAAUCAGGCUAAGAGAGAAAUUGGAUCCUUAUUAUAACCCCAUUUUCUCUAAAGCAAGGUCUGGAGUAUUGUAUAAAUGGAUACCUUUUGCACUCUUGGUAUCUACCAUAUUCGUUUACAUCAGAUGUAUCUACAGAGUUGUGGAAUUAGCUGAAGGAUGGACUGGAAACUUGAUAACACAUGAGGUUUAUCUUGCGAUAUUGGACGCGUUGAUGAUUUUCUUAGCCUGCUUCGUAUUAGCAGUUUUACACCCCAUGUUUACAAUCGGCAAGCUGAAGCUCUCCUUUAGAGAAAUUAAGAGGCAUGCUGCCACUAAACCUAUAGAAGAACAGAGCCAAGAGUCGCAGCCCUUCGAUAGUUACAGCAAAGAAAUAUAA